AUGUAUUUAUCCCGUCCCAGCUUCAGUUUUUCUAUUCCUUCGAUUCACGAUGGUUGUCAACUCGAGUGUCGUGUUUAUCUGCCCCGCCACCUCGAAAAUGUAGAAUCAACACCCGCCGGGCCCGUUCAAGCUGCUAUCUUUGCGCACCCUUAUGCAUCACUUGGUGGCUGCUACGAUGACCCCGUGGUUGGUUUUAUAGGCGGCGAGCUUCAAAAUGCAGACUACAUAGUGGGGACUUUCAAUUUCCGUGGAGCUGGAGGUUCAGAGGGACGAACCAGCUGGACCGCUAAGCCGGAGCUGAGCGACUAUACCUCAUUCUACGGGUUCAUGCUAUACUAUUUGCACGAGUUACAACUUGCCCAGGGAAUCCUCCCCGACGGAGGCGAUCGGGGAAACAUUGAUCUCAUUCUCGGGGGAUAUUCAUACGGAUCCAUGAUCGCUUCGCAUGUCCCAAACAUUGAUGUCAUGAUUGACCUAAUUCAACCCGGCACUAGCACAUCUCCGGGUACAUCCAUUGAUCAGAUUAGCAGGGAGGCAAGGAAGAUCGCUGCAGCGUCUUUACCCGGUGCUGCGGAGACCAGGAUACAGCGUCCAGCUGAUAUGAGUGCACUACGCGCGUCCAUCUCGAUCUCUUAUCUGCUUGUGUCUCCUCUCCUGCCCCCUGUAAGUUCUUUUUUGACAGUAUUUUCUUCCCUCACGGUAGAUGUGGGGGGUCGGUCAGCUCAGGCCCGAGGUGUCGGUUCAGCCGACCAGCUGAGUGGGCACCGGACACUGGCGUUAUUUGGAGAUGAGGACACCUUUACCUCUGUGCGCAAAUUGCGACGUUGGUCAGCCGAGUUGGGCAGCAUGCCGCAUAGUCGAUAUCGGGGGUGUGAGAUUGAGGGAGCAGGGCAUUUCUGGCGAGAGGAUGGUGUGGAGAUGGAGGCGAGACAGAUAUUACGGGAAUGGCUUCAAUAUAAAAUAUAG